AUGUCCCGGGUGGUGGACCAUGUUUGCAUCCGAAUCAAGGCAGUUCUCAGCAAGCAAGAUGCCGAAGUGCUGUCUGCGGGAACAGAUGAAGAGAUCGAUGAGAUCUACGCUCAGACUCAUUCUCUCUUAGGUGACCUCUAUGCCAAGUGCAGAGAGGAAGAGAAGGUGUCGCUGAAGCAGCUGCAUGCUGCAGUUGAGAAAGCCCGGAAGGAUUCGGAUGUAGUGUUGCCCAUGCCUCCAAUGCCAGUGCUCGUGGAGCCUUCGGCCGAGACUUCAACUCCGGACCAACCUCUUGAUGAAAACUGUGGCGACGACGACCUCAGAACUCCAGCAUUCACAUGGCUUUUCUGGCCGGUGAGCCACGAGGCUGUCUGGUCCAUUCUGAAGGUGGACGACGAGAGCCGGAUUCAAGGCUACGCUAGCUUGUUCUGUCUCUGUGAAGUCUGGGUCUUCAAAACUCCCUUUUCCGGAUGGUAUGCAAAGUCAUUUGUCGCAGUGGCCAAACCCAUUUUGGAAGCUUGGUACCUGGACACGAAGCACGUCACGAGGAGAGCCGGUUACAAAGGACAAGUGGAAACAUCGAACUUGAACUUGCCGGUAGACAUUUGCACGCUGCCAGGGCUUUUGUGCUGCCUGGCCUGCUUUUUGCAGAACAGAGGUCUGCCAAGGGCUGCCUUAGACCAGGUCUGGCAUAUCGUCGAGAAGCUGGACUCGCAGGGAAGUUUCACAGGGACUGUCCGGCUGUUGCCGGAUGUGGAGGAUUGCCGCCUCCGCUUCGAGGCCAACGAGGCUUCUCUAGAGGCCUGGCACCAGGCACUAGAAAUCGCAGGACUUCGUGGCUGUGUCGCUGCAACGGCCAAGUAUUUUCCCAACGAUCGAUGCAAACUGACUUUGGGCAAGAUUGUUUUCCUCCUCUUGACCAAUCGUCAGAGACCUCAUUUCCGAGAGGAUGGGGUGGCUACUCAGGUGACACGUCGCCUGAUCCACACCUUUUGCCAACAUACCGAGCUACGACUGGAGAGGGAUGAAGCACCGCUGCUUGAGCGAUGCCCGGAACCAACGAAAUGUCAUGCCUAUCAUCCUUUGCAUAAGGACAGCAGGUUGAAAGGACACCCAGCUCUCCGGGAUCGAGUCAUUUCGAGGUUUGGCUCUCGCAACGCAGGUUUCUGCAGUGCCAAGGACGAAAUGCAGCUUCACGACUUGGGCUUGGUGGGCAAAGACUCGAAGAUAGGGUCACGGGUUGCUGGUGAAUUUGUGAUUCGCUACCUGGCGAAGUCCAGUUUCCAAGCCAGAAAGAAGUUGAAUCGACCGGAUUCGUUGAACAUCGUGAAUUUCUGCUUCGACGGCAGCCGUGUGUGCAAACAGCAAGUUCUCAGCUUCCAGUUUGAUAUUGGGGGCACAGAGGCGUCCUUCAUACAGGUGAUGCCGGAUUCGCAUCCUUCUCGAGAGGGCACCACGACACUCGCUGCCCUGGAGUUCGCACUGGAGGAUGGGUUGCCGAAAGAUGUGCGAUCCAUGAAGAAUACGGCGAAGCACUUGGUGACGUACCGCCAGAGCACCAAGCAACUCAUUCACACCGUGAGGAAUGCUGUAUCUUUGCUCUACCCCGACUUCAGUUUUGCACAAUGUGUGCCGACCACUCCUUUGCGACCCGCGGGUGACAAACUUCGCUACAAGAUGAGUGACGCCGAGAAGAGAUUGCUGCAGAUUCCGCUCAACGAGAAGCGCCAUUUCCUUUUCGAUAAGAAGACUGGCGACACAACUGUGGAUUACAUGCUGCAUGGAGAGAAGCUCCUUCGAUUGAUUAUCAGCGGCGACGAGGGGACAGAAAACUACCUGGCAUGGCAAUAUGUUUGCCUGUCCGGCCAGGCUUGGGUGCUUUUUUGGCCCGAUGUUUUUCAUCGGUGCCACCGACGGCAGUCGGCGGCAAUUUCAGCUCAUGCAGAAGCAGCCAGCUUGCUGCAGCGGCUCACCAAGAUGUUUCGCUCCUCGAGGGCGCCCUACAACACUUCCAAAUUUGGGAAAGAGCGGUUGGAGGCGAGAACACGGCUCCUCAAGUCCCUCGAAAGCUCUGAGGAGUCAGUCUUGAUCCAGACCUUCUUGGAUGGCAUCGCUCGGGAUGCCGGUGUGCCCCUCGCUUCCAUGACAUGCAGGCGAGCGGUGGAGCUGCUGAAGGAGCAUGGAGGCGACAUGCACUGGAGCAAGGAUGAUUGCCAACCAGGCACGUGGACCCUCAGACUGCUUGAAGCGAUGUUUGGCUACUGGGAGAUCGGAGUGAAUCCUUGGCUCUUGACCAAAGCCCCGAAUGCGGAUGACGAUUCCGAAGCGGUGCUCUCGGCCGGCAUCAAGGCUCUCACAUUUGAGGAUCGGAUGAGGUCCCUGCUCAUGGUUUACGCACCAGCGCGGAUGUGGAUCGGCAAGGUGAACAAAAAAGUCCAGAACGACGCGGAUGCAUCGAUCCGGGAAGCUAUCUCGCUGGCAUCUGGACAGGAUACGAUCACGAAUGCAUCAUCUUUGGCAAGUUUGGAGAAGAUCGGUGCGGCCCAUGCAGAGCAGGACGCCACGGCUCAAGAAACUCUUGAUUUCCAUCUUGAGUGCUUGGUCCGAUGGCUGGGAGCUUUGUAUGAAUUGCCGGACUACCACAAGUCCUUUCCAUGGCGAGCUAUCAUGGCCUUGGAUGACGGUAAGUGGCCGUCGGUGUUGAAGGAGCUUGAACGCGAGUGGCCAUUUCUUUUGAAGGUGGACCAACUCCCCGAGAAGGGCCAGACGCACGAGCUUCUGGCCUUCACGCGAAUGCAGCCCUUCAGAGAGCUCUUCAUUCAAGCUGAUCAUGACAGUGCCAUGCGAGUUCGAAUGACUGCAGCAUCGGUGGCUGGAGUCCGCAACCUCGACGACCCGAGGACUUCCUUGCUGAAUUCGCUCGCAAACGAGCUUUAUUUCAAUGACGCCAGAGACUGCCAGCGACGACACAGGAAGUCUGAGACAUCGAAGGCCGUCAACCUGUGUGCAUUGGCUGCACGCACGGGCUGGGUUCGAAGUCCUUUGGAGCACGUUAAAGUCGAUCACCGGGACUGGUGCGGGAUGGACGAGCAAGUGCGACACCUGAAGACAAGCAUUUUGUCAAGCACUCGCGAUCGAGAUCGCGACAUUGGCAUUCCAAUGCACAACCUGCUCCAUCAGAAAAGACUUGAAGUGCUCACAAAGCCACACGUCUUUGUUGCGAGAUUGCGGCUUUACCAAUGCUUGAAGGAGACGUACUUGCAGGACGGGACAGGCUUGAUGGACAUCCAAGCAACCGUGGAUGCAGCAUGGCCCUGCAACAUCUUGCUUCCUGUGACUCUGUGGAAGCCCAAGGAGGAAACCCCCGAAGAUGUGAGGAUGGUGCUACAGGCAGGUCCUUGGACAACCCGGUUCAUGCAGACGCGAAGCAUUCAUGGAGCUGCACAGGUUGCAACCUAUGUGCUGCAAAGCAAUCCGUGCCAGAUCCGAGAGACACUCGAGUUUGGCAUGAACAGUGGCAUGCUGUCUGAGGCACAGGCAGUGGUCAGUCAAGCAAGUGGACUUGCCUUUCAAGCUCGAAAAUGGAUGACGCCCGCGACCUUCCUGUGCGAAUGCUCCAUCACAAAGGUGAAGGCUGGCAUGCUUGUGCAGUACUGCAAAAGCAUAGGCCUGAAUCAUGCAGGCAAUCACCGAACGCGGGUGAAAACGGUCUUGGAGCACCAUGGCCACAAUGCAGAGUACAUCGAAGAAGUGUUGGCCACAAUCCCUGUUCGCCAUCGACAGCCGAAAAAAAAGGAGGACGAGCCGGACCAGGCCCGUGAGGACGAACCUGAGACAGAUGAAGAUGAGGAAGCUGCCCGCGAGCUUCUCGAGAGCAUGAAUUACAACGUCGAGGAUGACGACGAGGAGCAGCCACCAGCUCCUGAGCCCAAGAAUGAGCAGAGUCCCAACCCUGCGGCAGCUGCGACUUCAGCUGCUGAUGAGAUUGGAGAAGGGCAUGCCGAGCGAGCUUCGUCCAGCUCCGCACGACGUGUACUUCCGGCUCACGAGUACGAGGUUCCGCAAGCACGGUUGGCGCCGGGGACAAGAGGCUUCGUAAAUCGACCUGAUGGCGGCGCACCAAAUUUGCAGAUCAAGUUGCUCAGCAGCCAAGAUGUGUACAAAGGCAAGCGAUCCCGGGCCUGGAGCUUCGUUCCAAGAGGUGGCCAAGCCAUGCCAAGGGGUGUUACGAGAUCCUGGGAUGAGGCAUGCCGUUGUGCUACAACUUAG